AAGAUUGUUUUUAAAAAAGUUACUUGAGUUGGUGCCCAUUUUAAACCUAACAUAGAUUGAGCAUCUUUAAAAACAACAGGGUGUUCAUUUUUGCAAAAGAUGGCCUGCUUAUCUACACCAUUGGAUCAACAACAACAACAAUCGAAAAAGAUGAUCCGACUGAAGAGCUCCGGACUAAGUAAUUCUAAAGAAAGCUCCUUGAUCGAAUGUGAUGAUGAAUUGUCAAAAUCGGCGUUGUUUGCUUUUCGGGCUAAAGAAGAAGAGAUAACAAAGAAGAAGAUGGAGGUCAAAGAAAGAGUUCAAGCUCAGUUAAGCCGAGUUGAACAAGAAACUAGAAAGCUUGCUGAAAUCCGCAAUGAUCUUGAAGCAUUGGAGGAUCCAAAGUGGAAGGAAGGAUUGAUGGUAAGAAAGAAGGUUGACUUGGUCAAUAAAGAGGUAAAGUCGUUGGGACAAAUCUGCCUUAAGAAGGAAAAAGAGUACAGAGAAGCUAUUGAGGCAUUCAAUGAGAAAAACAAGGAAAAAGCUCAACUAGUUACCAGAUUAAUGGAGCUGGUUGACGAGAGCGAAAUGGUGAGGAUGAAGAAACUUGAAGAGCUAAGCAAAAAAUUUGAGUUAUUUGCGUACAAAUAACUAAUUACACUAGUAGUACUCUAUUACUCGUAUAUUGAUCGAUUUCAUUCAGCUUUUGUGCGUGCGUUGUGAUU